CGAAGCUUCGCGUGAACGACUCGGACCAACCCGGAACUUUAAAGUGACCUAAUCUCUGCUGGAAACUCGCAACAAGGAGUUUUCCCUGCCGCUGCUCCGACCUCCUCCGAUGUGUCCGGGAGGAAAACACACGUUUCACUCCUGAGCUUUUUCCUCCUGGAGGCGAAAGCGAAGUUCCAAUGCUCGAGGCUCCGGCCGCGGCGGCUCCUGCAGGACAGUAGCCUCGACCCGGCCCUUCUCCCCAGAUUACAGAGUGGUGGAAUCACAAGGUGCCAAGAUGCCACAGCAGAAGGACAUCGUGAAGAUUGCCAUCCAGAUGCCUGGGGCCUAUCCCCAGCUCAUACAACUGGAUCAGAAAAAGCCUCUGUCGGCUGUAAUAAAGGAAGUGUGUGAUGGCUGGAAUCUCCCAGGUCCUGACAACUACGCCCUGCAGUAUGCUGAUGGAGUGCAAACGUACAUCACUGAAUCAAAUCGUCUGGACAUUAAGAACGGCUGCAUUCUGCGUCUGACCAAGGCCCCGGGUCGCUGUGCGGAGGACUUGUUCAAGGGCAUCCAGAGCUCGGACUCGGGCGUGCGCUGCGAUUCGCUGAAGGAGCUGGCGAACGUCUCCACAGACGUGACCUUCGCUCAGGAGUUCAUCAGCAGAGACGGACACCUCUUACUGGUCAAGAUAGUGGAGGAUUCUAAGGAGAGUAAUGUGAUCAUGACGCACACACUGACAGGCUUCAUGGAGCUGAUGGAUCACGGGAUAGUUUCUUGGGAGAACCUCUCAACCAUCUUCAUCAAGAAGAUCGCCAGCUUUGUCAACGCUAAGUCGACAGACGCGUCAAUGCAGCAGGUGUCCCUGGACAUCCUGGAGAGCAUGGUGCUGAGCAGUCACGGCCUCUUCCAACAGGUCAAACAGGAAGUCACCAUGGAGAGGCUGGUCGCUCAUCUCCAGGUGACCAACCAGCAGAUCCAGACCAAAGCCAUGGCCCUGCUCAUGGCCCUGCUGCAGACGGCCGGAGACUCCGACAGACAGGAUAUGUUUGCUUUCCUGAAUAAGAAGAAUCUGCGUCAGUACAUUUAUAAGAACAUCAUCCAUAGUUCUGGUGCAGUCCAGGACGAGAUGGCCCACUACCUCUACGUCCUACAGUCGGUCACGUUGAAUCACCUGGAACCUCGCAUGAGGACGCCUCUGGACAGUUACAGUCAGGAUCAAAGAGACGUCCUCCACGGUUUGCGUCAGGCGGCGUUUGAGACAGAGACUGAAAACAGCUUGAGCAACGAGAGGCGCCGCUCGCUCUGUGCUAAAGAGUUCAAGAAACUGGGCUUCUCUAACAACAGUAACCCUGGUCAGGACUUGGUGCGGACACCUCCUGGUCUUGUGGCUUUGGACACCAUGUCUUAUUUUGCUUCACGCUAUCCUGAUGCCUACAGCAGGUUUGUUCUGGAGAACAGCAGUAGAGAGGACAAACACGAGUGUCCGUUUGCCAGGAGCAGCAUUCAGCUCACACUCAUCCUGUGUGAGAUUCUUCGUAUCGGAGAGCCACCCUCAGAGACGGGAGCUGACUACCACCCCAUCUUCUUCAGUCAGGACCGACUCGUGGAGGAGCUCUUCUGCGUCUGUAUCCAGCUGCUCAACAAGACCUGGAAGGAGAUGAGAGCCACACAGGAGGACUUUGACAAGGUGAUGCAGGUGGUGAGGGAGCAGAUCACCCGGACGUUGUCCAGUAAGCCCACGUCCCUGGAGCUCUUCAAGAACAAGGUCAACGCUCUCAACUACGGCGAGAUCCUCAAACUGCGGCAGACGGAGCGGCUGCACCAGGAGGAGACGCUCGCGCCCCCUGUACUGGAGCUGAAAGAGCGUCUGAAGCCGGAGCUGCUCGAGCUGAUCCGUCAGCAGAGACUCAACCGACUGUGUCAGGGAACCAAGUUCAGGAAGAUCAGCAGCCGACGCCGACAGGAUAAACUGUGGUACUGCCGCUUGUCACCCAAUCACAAAAUGCUUCACUACGGCGACGUGGAGGAAGACAUGGACAAUCCCACGAUAGAAACACUGCAAGAGAAGAUUCCAGUAGCAGAUAUCAAGGGGCUGCUGACGGGAAAAGACUGUCCUCACAUGAAGGAGCACAAAGGCAAACAGAACAAGGAGGUGCUGGACCUGGCAUUUAGCCUCACAUAUGCAGAAGAGUACAGUCUGAACUUCAUCGCACCCUCCAGAACUGAUUUCUGCCUGUGGACGGACGGCCUGAGCGUCCUCCUGGGCCGGGACAUGAGCAGUGAGUCCAUGCGCAGCGAGCUGGACAUCCUCCUCUCUAUGGAGAUUAAGCUCCGCCUCCUGGACCUGGAGAACGUCCCCAUCCCCGACAGUGCGCCCGUCGUCCCCAAACCUCCGAGCAACUACAACUUCUGCUACGACUUCAGCCAGACUGAGCAGUAGAGUGUGUGCACAGGCUGGAUGUGUGAAUGUGUAAAUAUAUAUAUAAAUAUAUGUGUGUGUGUGUGUGUUUGUGUGUGUAUGUGGUGAGAUUUUACCAGUGCAUCCGUGCACUUAUUAACAGAUUUAUAAUCCUGACAGUAGAGGUUUCCUCUGUGGCCUGUUUCUCUACAAUGAAAACAUGGAAACUCUUAAAACUACAGCAGCGGGUUGUUGGUACGAAUCUUCACCACGCGUCUUAUCAGCUGCUCUGAUGCUGCAGAUCAUCGCUUCUCAUCUGGGGAAGUUUGACUUUUUUUUUCUGACUUCCAUCUCUUGAUGUUCAGCUGCCUGGGAACUUCCAGAAACAACAGAGACUCCGGCUGCUUGCACACAUGCACUGAAGUCUGCACAUUCUCCUACAAUCCUCCGCAGGGCCUGCAUGUUAGAAGUCACAUGUCCGAGUCAGUCGCUCCGGACACUUUACACAACCUGUCCUUCCAGCCCCCUGGUAAAAUGUCCGUGUGAACCCAAGUGAGAAUACAGUGAGAAAAGGUCCGGAAAGUUCCAAAGUGAGCAAGCGGCCGUGUUGAUGAAGUUUCUAAUAAGCGACGGACGGGUUUCCAUAUGAAAACAAGGCGUCAUAGAGGACCCUCAUGAAGUUGUCAAAUUGGAAGGACAAUGAGAUCACAGAGCUUUUGGCUGAGGCCAGUGAGGAUGAGCUGUGAACAGAAACACGCGACUUCCGCAGCAUAAUUUAUACGUCAUGUCCCGAAGGCUCCGGACAUUUUCCUGUAGUAGUGAACUCGUCUGACCCGGACAAUCUCCUGCUGCCUUCUUUUUCCAGAGUUCAUGUCUGACAACAGCUUUUGACAAAAGAGAUUCUCGAUGUUUGCUCCAGUAAUGGUACUCUAAAAUUUAAUUUUUCAAAUCAGUUUUAUAUUUCUAAAUACACCUCAAACUCUGCAUGGUACUUGGAGUGUUCCUGGCUGCUCAUCACUGCUCGAGGAUGUAGAUGUUUUCUAUCUGGUUGUGCACAUUUAUCUUAUAUUCCUUUCUGCCGUUUCAGUUUUUUUUUUUUAAACGGGCAUUAACUAUUACACUGAUUUCUCAAAAUGUGGUACAUUAGACUCAUUUUCAACACGUUACAUAGAAAUAUAAUAUUUUGCUUAAAUAUACCUUUGGGUACUCGCCUGCAGAUCCCAGUGGCUCAGUGAUGAUGGAGCAGAUCUGUACGACAUUUCUUUUAAAGCAAUGCAGAUUCUCAAAAGGUACCAAGCUGACUUCUUCCCCCUCGCUCUCAUCAAGAGCAUCCAUAAGCAUUUGUGCAAUUGUCACAUUCAACAGUUUGACAAUUAGAAAACAACUUGAUCUUUAGAUUUGUCUUGAAUUAAAUCUAAAGCGUGGUCAUGUUAUAAAAAGGUACUUGUUCUAAUGUGAUGCUCAGUCACCUCAAGCUUUCAGUAGCUUCUCAACAACUGACAGUUCUUCAGUAUAUCACAGUGUGUUUGAGUGUUUUCUGCCAUUUUGUGGCAUCAGGUCAUUUCUAUUCAGCAGAAUUUCCUCUGCAGUGCGUUCCUGACACCACCCCCCCACACACCUCUGAUGAUAUCCACUUUGAAUCCUGCGCUUUUUGGUGAAUUCACAUGAAUAAACAGUUUGAUUUAUACA